UUUCUCUUUUUCUCUCUCUGGCUCCCUUUGAGUUGAAACAAGUCGUCGUCGUCGUAACGAGUUAUUGCCUUACUCUAUGUACAUACACGAGGCUCAUACUCGAUCAUAGAGCUCGAGUUCACGUACAUGCACACGUUGACUUAUUUAUUUUUCAUUUUUUUUGUUAAAUUUUAUUAUUAUUAUUAUUGUUGUUGUUGUUAUUUCUUGUUGAACGUCGAACAAGUCACACUUUGACUUGGUCAUACUCAAACAGGAUCAACAAGUGCUCAUUAUUUAAACUUAAAAAUAAUUUUACUUGUUAAAUUAAAAACAAUAUAAAUUACAAUAAAAAAGUGUCAGUGAAUUUUAUUUUCAUCAGAUUGAGCUUUUUCAUUUUCAUAUAUAUAAUAAUUUAAAAAAUUGAAUCAAGAUGAAGUUGCGAAUACCGAAGAAGAAAGAUGAUAAUAAUAAUAAUAAAAAUGAAGAGGUAGCUGAAAAUUUGCCAGUUGAAACAACAAAAUCAUCAUCAUUAUUAUCAACAAAUGAAAUAAAUAAUUGUGUUGUAAUAAAAACAGAAGUAACAACAUCUGAUGAUACAGCUGAAGUUGCCAACGAUAAUCAAAUUGAUGAGCAAGAUGACAAUGCCAAUAAAGAUGACAACGAUAAUAAUGAUCAUGAUCAUGAUGAUAAAGAUAAAGAAAAACAAAAAACUAAUAUUGAUAUUAUUGAUGAUAAUAAUAAUAAUAAUAAUAAAGAAAAAGAAUCAGAAUUUGUUGUUGAUAAUGGGGGGGAUGAUGAUAAUAUUGUGGGCGUGCUGGAGGCGGUCCGACCGGAUAUUGAAAAUGGCUGUCUUGUUGAAUCAAAUAUUGUAUGUGAAAUACCAACUGAAAUUCCAGUUAUUUUACCAGAUCAUAUUGUUGAUCCAGUACUUAAUUAUUCAUUUCAUCAGCUUGGAUAUCAUCAACCAGAUCAUAUUAUUCACGAGAGAGAUUAUUUGAGAGCAUCAACAUCAUCACCACCAAUAUACGAAGGCGUUAACAGUGAAGAAAGUCAAGAAUUACAAAAUCAACAAAAUAUCUCCUCCCACCACCACCACCACCAUCUACAGCACGAACACCAACAUGAACAAGAACAAACCCAUCACUCAAUACUACAACAACAUCAUCACCACCACCAUCACCAUAAUCCCCACUCCAUCAACAACAGUAAUAAUCACCAUGAAUAUACAGAACUCGUUGGUAUACCAACUAAUGUAUUAGUUACAAAUACAAGUGGGGAUAGUCUGCAACAGCAACAGCAGCAGCAGCAACAUCAACAUCAACACCAAAAUCAUACAAGAAGAACAACUGAGCUCUCAGUCACAAGUGAGGAUAUACGACUAACAAGUCACAUGCAACACUCCACGAUGCAUCAUUAUACACAAGGAGGAAUCAUAUCAUCACCACCACCACCACCACCACUAUCAUCAACAACAUCAUCGUUAUCAUCUGAUACACAUUCAAAUCAUCAUCAUCAUAAUAAUAAUCGUCAUCAUAAUCAUCAUCAUCAACAACAUAAUAAUAAUAAUAAUGGCAAUCAUCGACAUCAUCAUCAUCAUCAUCAAACUGGAUCAAAUUUAUCUGAUGAUAAUGAACAUGAACGUGUUUUAAAUCAUAGUAAUAUUAAUAAUAACAAUAAUAACAAUGACACUGGUAUUAUUGGAAGUAUGAGAAAUGGUAAAAAUUUGGAAUUUCAUCUUGGUGGUUUAUUUUCAAGUUUAAAUAGUGAAAAUAAUAAUAGUCAUAGUAAUAAUAGUAAUAAUAAUAAUAAUAAUGGCAAUAUAAGUGAUAAUGAUAUUGUAACAACUGUAAGUGGACAACAAUUGGAUGAUGUAUUACCUGAUGAUACAUAUUUACAACAUCAAUUACGUGGAGAAAGAGGAGGAGGUGGUGGUGGUGAUGGUGAUGGAAAAGGAGGAGGUGGUGAUAGUGUUGGUAGUUGUAUUGGUGAUAGUUGUAAUGAUAAUGAUAACAACAACAACAACAAUCAUAAUAAUGAUUGUAUGUCACCACCAAUUAGAAAUGAUAGUUCACCAGGUUCAACAAGUAGAAGUCCAAAUGCUGUAUUAACAUCACCAAAUAGACUAGACAGUGGUUAUAGCAAUGGUGAACAAAUAAGACUACAAAAUUUUACACAUUUAACAUCAAUACAAAAUAAUAUUAAUAUUCAUGAACAACAACAACAACAACAAAAUGAACGUGUUAAUGAACAAUUAUUUAUGGAUAAUAUUUAUUUACAUCAUUCAACACCACAUCAUCAACAACAAGAGCAUGAAAAUUCAUCACCACAUUCACCAAAUGCUCCAUUAUCAAGUUCAUCUAUGUAUCGUCCGAUGAGUGGAGUAGGUGGAAUGGGUGGAGGUGGUGCAGGGGCUAAUUAUCCCCUCUCUUAUGUCACUGGAAGUCCAAAUGAACUUGCUGGUUCUCCUCAACAACUUUGGUCAUCUCAAGUUUAUCUUGUAGGAUCAUUGCCACCAUUACCAGAAGAUUAUUGUAGUAAAACAGUAUCAACAUCAGUUAAUGCAAAUCAAGCAUUACCAUCAUUUAUACAACGAUUUGAUAGAUCAAGUUUUCGUAACUACAGUCCACCAUAUGCAUCACAUCAACAACAGCAACAGCAACAACAACAACAACAACAGCAACAACAACAAGCAAGUGUUAAUGGUGCUGGUAAUAAUGAUGACAGUAAUAAUUGGCAUUAUGGAGCAACAACUGAUACAAUUGCAACAACACAAUAUAGUGGACAAAGAAAUUUACCAUAUGGUACACCAAGAAAUUCAAGACGUCAAACAACAAAUACAACAACAAUUAAUCCUCAUCAACAAUAUAGUGCUGCUGCAAGUUUAUCAGCAAUGAACAUAGAUGCAGAAUACUAUUCAGAGGGUCGCGAGUGUGUUAAUUGCGGGGCAAUACAGACCCCAUUAUGGCGACGAGAUGGUACAGGACAUUAUCUUUGCAACGCCUGCGGCCUCUACCACAAGAUGAAUGGCAUGAAUCGACCCCUAGUCAAACAACCACGACGACUGUCAGCAUCAAGACGUGUUGGUCUUGAAUGCAGUAAUUGUCGAACACAAACAACAUCAUUAUGGCGUAGAAAUGCAAGUGGUGAGCCAGUAUGUAAUGCAUGUGGACUUUAUUAUAAACUUCAUGGUAUAUCACGUCCAUUGACUAUGAAAAAAGAUACAAUUCAAACACGUAAACGUAAACCAAAGGGUGGUGGUAUGAAGACAUCAGACACACCAAUAUCUAAUAAUAUUCCAAAUUGUCAAAUAAAUAACAACAACAACAAUACAACCAACAACAACAACAACAACAAUAAUCAUCAUCAUCAUCACAAUAUUAAAGUUGAUACAGAUGCUUAUGUUGACCUAAGAAUGGCAAAUUUAUCACAAUCAGCAUAUGGUAAUUCAUUGUAUGGUGGAAGUCCACAAUCAACAAGUAGAUUAAUGCAAUCAUAUCAACAAACACCAUCAAAUUUGUAUUUUGAUAUGUAUCCACAUGAGACAGCAUCACAUUUAUCAUUGAGACAUCCAUCACCAUUACCUAAAAUUGAAUGUCCAUCACCAUCUAGCAGAGGAUCACCAACAAUGCAAUCAGCAAAUCAUUCACCUGAUCAUCAUUUAUCAGCACCUCAUAUUGUUAAUAUUGGUGGUGGUGGUGGUGGUAAUUCAUCACCAAAUGAUAAACUUAUUAUUGAUGCACAUUUAGAAAGACCAAGUGUCGUUUCAAUAUCAUCAUCAUCAUAAACUUAUAUUAAUUAUUAGAUUAUUUAGUAAACAAUAUUAUUUUUUUUUUUUUACAAUUAUUGGUGAUUUAUUUAAUUUAUUAUCCAAAAAAAAAAAACAAAAAAACAAACAGCUAUUUUUGUUUAUUGGCAUUGUUUUUUCAAAAUUAUUGUUGGUCGACUUUUUUUGAGUCAUUUUAAGAGCACCAGCUGGAACUUGGAGCCCAAAUUUAUUGAAAAAAAAAUAUAAAUUAAAUUAUCAUUUGUUUAUUUUAAAUAAUAACAGUACUCUGGAUAAAAAAAAUUAUUAU